UUGAGAAGCUAGCGAUCCAAAAUGCCCGGCCUGACCCCCGCCCAAGUCACCUCCUUCCACGAGAACGGCUACCUCGUCCUUCCAGACUACCUCACUCCCCAACAAAUCAACGCUCUGAUCACCGAAACAACCUCCCUCCUCACAUCGUUCGACCUCUCCACACACCCCCUAACACAAUUUACGACUGGCGAUGACGAAAAAGACAACAAGCCUCACGUCGGCGACGACUACUUCCUCACCAGCGGCGACAAGAUUCGCUUCUUCUUCGAGCCGGACGCGUUCACGCCCGAUCCUUCUAAUCCCACAAAGAGCAUCCUAAGCCGUCCAAAGGAGAAAGCAAUCAACAAAAUCGGACAUGCAUUGCACUCUCUCUCGAAACCAUUCGAGGCCGUAAGCCUAAACGAACAGAACGCGGAAAUCGCGCGCAGUCUGGGCUUCAGGGAUCCUAGGGUGCUGCAGAGUAUGGUUAUCUGCAAGCAGCCCGGUAUUGGGGGUGCUGUGCCACCGCAUAAGGAUAGCGAGUUCUUGUACACGAGCCCGCCAAGUGCUGUUGGGUUCUGGUUUGCGCUGCAGGAUGCUGGGGUGGGCAAUGCGACGCUGGCCAUGUAUAAGGGGUCUCAUAAGAAGCGCUCUGGGGAGGUGCAGAGGAGGUUUGUGAGGAAGUAUAAUGAGGCUGGGCAGCUUUGCGGGACGGGGUUCGUGAGUAAUGAGGGGGAAAAGUUCCCGAGGGACUUGGAGGUGGGGGAGGAUGAGGGAGAACCGGAGGUGGAGGUAUUGGAUGUCAAGGCUGGUUCCUUGGUGCUUAUUCAUGGGAAUGUUCUGCAUAAGAGUGAAAAGAACACAGGGGAUAAGAGUCGGUUUGCAUAUACGUUUCAUGUCAUCGAGGGCGCCGAGGGAUGGGAGUAUGAUAGUAGAAAUUGGUUGCAGCCGCCAGAGGGGGGCUUCUCGAGGUUAUACCAGUAAGGCCGGACAGGGCUAACUGAAAGAUCGCUAUGGACAGAUAUCUCGGGAUUGAAUCUUGUGAUGAAUAUAUCUAUCAUGCAUUAGUGCUAUACAAUCGAGGUCC